GUUUGCGUGAAGGAUGGCAGCGCCCGGGAGCGUGGAAGAGAUGCGGACCCGCGUGGUUCUGGGCGAAUUCGGUGUUCGCAAUGUCCACACAACAGAUUUUCCUGGGAAUUAUUCAGGAUACGAUGAUGCUUGGGAUAAGCAAAGAUUUGAAAAGAAUUUCAGAGUAGAUAUGAUCCAUAUGGAUGAAAGUACUUUGGAAUUUGACAUGGUGGGGAUUGAUGCAGCCAUUGCUAAUGCUUUCCGAAGGAUCUUGCUUGCUGAGGUGCCAACCAUGGCUGUGGAGAAAGUCUUUAUAUACAACAACACCUCCAUUGUACAGGAUGAAAUCCUGGCUCACCGUUUGGGACUGAUUCCUAUUUGUGCAGAUCCUCGUCUCUUUGAGUACAAGAGUGAAGAAGAUGAAUGCGAUGAAAUUAACACACUACAGUUUCGAUUGAAAAUAAAAUGCAGCAAGAAUCUUCAGGCGGCUAGAGAAUCAUCUGAUCCUAAUGAGCUUUAUAUCAACCAUAAAGUUUACAGCAAACACAUGGAGUGGGUACCACUAGGAUCUCAGGCUGACAACAUGAAUGCAAAUUUCCGACCUGUCCACGAUGAUAUCCUCAUUGCUCAGUUGCGUCCCGGCCAAGAGAUCGAUGUACUUAUGCACUGUGUAAAGGGCAUUGGCAAAGAUCAUGCCAAAUUUUCUCCAGUUGCCACAGCCAGUUACCGUUUGUUGCCAGAAAUCACUUUAUUGAAGCCUGUUGAAGGGGAAGCAGCUGAGCGGCUGAAGAAAUGUUUUUCUUCUGGAGUUAUUGAGAUUGAGGAAAUCAGAGGAAAGAAAGUAGCAAGAGUAGCUAAUGCUAGAUUGGACACAUUCAGUAGAGAAAUUUUUCGUCAUGACGACUUAAAAAACCUUGUACAUUUGGCUCGGGUACGAGAUCACUACAUCUUCUCUGUAGAAUCCACAGGCAUCUUGCCUCCAGAUGUGCUGGUGAGUGAAGCCAUCAAAGUACUAAUGGGGAAAUGCCAACGCUUCUUAGAGGAGCUAAAAUCCAUCCAGAAGAAAUAAAUUUGGGAACACAAGAGACUCUUGUGGGGAAAUCCCUACGUCUGAUUUGAAGAACAAGAAGACUGCAUCAGUCUGUAAGGCAAUGACCCUUCUCUGAGAUGUCAAAGAACAAACAUUGCUGAACCAUUACUAUCAUUAUUUACACAACAUGGACACAACUGAAAUUCAGGAUAACAAGUGCCCUGUGUACUAUUUGUGGUCCGGCAAUGGUGGAUGCCAUUCUUUGAUAAGGCUUUGCAAUCUGAAGCUCCUAGCGUGAACUGUACAAUUUCCUGUGUUAGUCUUAGUUUUCAUUACAACAGUGGGAUAGAAAUCUUACCUGUGUAGUCGAUCACCUAUAAUAUAGUACCUUUUUGCUGAUCUGGUAUUAUAUACUAUGACAGUUUUUUGAUUUAGCACCUCUACUCGAGGUCCAUAGUUUCUAUAGUCAGCAAAAAAAUCCCCAAGUCAGUUGAUCUGUGCUUAACCUGUAGUUUUCUGCUUCAAUAUCCAUGAAAAUACUUGAUUCUUUCAAGAAUUUAAAUGCUGUUAACUGUCAUUAUUGAGUACAUUUAUAUAUAAUACCGGUAUUACAUGCUGGUCUAAAAUAUUUACUCCUAACAUUCUCUCACUACAUUUAUUUUAAAAGAUUACUUUUUAGUUACUGGGACACAUGCCUCUCUUCAAAGUAGGGAAAGACUACCUUGAAUAUUCCUCCCACCCCAAGUAUAGGAUUCCAAUCGUUUUUAAAGUUAAGGAAGUACAUUUUAGCUACUUUCUGGCAAAACAUGAAUAUACUUCCAGUUUAAUCAAUUAUUCACUGAUAGAGAAUUUCUAAUUGAAACAGGAGAGAAAAUUCCUAUUGAUAAAAUAGUUGUAGAAAAAUUAAGCUGCAAGAAAUCAUCUCUUAACUGGAAUAUUGUUAUGUCUAAGUCUUUGAAGUACACGAGCUAAGUAUAUAACCUUUGGCAGCAUAUAACAUUAUGAAGAGUAGAAGGCACAGGGCAGGAAUUGUUCUAGCUCCUUCUACUUUGUCAUCAAAAAUGUUAUUUUUAAUUUAUUGAACAAUCCUAUAAGCCUCAAAAAGCUGGAGUUGCCCAACUUUGAUAAGAAUGUCUAAUUUUUACCCCAAACUUAAAAUAAUGUAUUCUUUAUUGAGUAUAUUCAAUAAAGCAAGGCAAAGCAUUCAUACAAAAGCUUGAAGGAUUAAAUCAUCUGCAGGCUUUGCAUCCUAUGCUUAUUUAUUGCAUGUGUAAAGUUUACUAAAGGUUUCUGUGAAAAUACUUGUGCAUGCACAAUCACUUACAUCUUUUGAAGAAGUUGACUGGGAAUUGCAAAGGAUGUAGCUGAUUUAAUGUGUUAAACAGGAGCGCUUCUGUCAGGGCAGCAUGUUUUGUAUUAAGUAUGCAAUUCUCAUAAUUGCAGUGUUUGACCCAGAGAACAGUCAUGGUGGUGAUGUUCAAAAAAGGUGUGAAAAGAGUUAAGGGCAAAGGAACAGCAAUGUUUGUAUAAAAUGAAGAGACUUUUAUUGACAUUGAUUUGGAGACAUCUUCAGCUACAACAUCUCUACAAAUAAAAAAACCCCUCGGUUGUUUUAAAUGCAUCUAUUACGGGCACAGUAAAUUAAAAUGUAAUUAAGACACAAUAAAUACAGUUAGGCUAGAUUCCAAAGCUAUUUUAACAGGGGGAUUUGGUUUAAAUAAAUGUUACACUGAGAUCAGGAUUAUAAACAAGUUAGAGUGGAGUCUGGCUACUAGUGAGAAUCCAAAUAUCAAUAUUAAGACCUGUUUUCU